GUGACGGGAGUGACGUCUCCGAAUGUUGUUGUUGGUGGCGGCGGCGAGCGGAGCCGGAGGAGCCGCCGCAAAGAUGGAGGAGCCGUCGAGGAGGCGCUGCCGCUGCUGCCGCCGCCGCUGCUGCCGCCGCCGCCUGCGAAGCCGGAGCUCGAGCCGCAGGGGGGAUGCCGUUCUGAGUGCCUGACUGCCUCGCCCCGAAGGAUGGCCUCGGAUGGGCAUUAGAGGCACGGCGGCCCCGGGCACCCGUCCCGUCCGUCUGUGUGUUAUCGUCUGUCUCUCUUGACAUCACCGCAGCUCCACCCCCUCCCGUCCCAGCCCCCAACGCCAGCUCCUGCGGGCCCAGAGCCGGCAUGAACUCUCCCAACGAGUCGGAUGGGAUGUCAGGCCGAGAACCAUCCUUGGAAAUCCUGCCACGGACUCCUCUGCACAGCAUCCCUCUGGCAGUGGAGGUGAAGCCGGUGCUGCCAGGAGCCAUGCCCAGUUCUUUGGGGGGUGGUAGUGGAGGCAGCCCCAGCCCUGUGGAGCUGCGGGGUGCUCUGACGGGCUCUGUGGACCCUGUGCUGCGGGAGCAGCAACUGCAGCAGGAGCUCCUGGCGCUCAAGCAGCAGCAGCAGCUGCAGAAGCAGCUCCUGUUCGCUGAGUUCCAGAAACAGCACGACCACCUGACACGGCAGCAUGAGGUCCAGCUGCAGAAGCACCUCAAGCAGCAGCAGGAGAUGCUGGCGGCCAAGCGGCAGCAGGAGCUGGAGCAGCAGCGGCAGCGGGAGCAGCAGCGGCAGGAGGAGCUGGAGAAGCAGCGGUUGGAGCAGCAGCUGCUCAUCCUGCGGAACAAAGAGAAGAGCAAAGAGAGUGCCAUUGCCAGCACUGAGGUAAAGCUGAGGCUCCAGGAGUUCCUCUUGUCGAAGUCAAAGGAGCCCACACCAGGCGGCCUCAACCAUUCCCUCCCACAGCACCCCAAAUGCUGGGGAGCCCACCAUGCUUCUUUGGACCAGAGUUCCCCUCCCCAGAGCGGCCCCCCUGGGACACCUCCCUCCUAUAAAUUGCCUUUGCUUGGGCCCUAUGACAGCCGAGAUGACUUUCCCCUCCGCAAAACAGCCUCUGAACCCAACUUGAAAGUGCGUUCGAGGCUAAAACAGAAGGUGGCUGAGCGGAGAAGCAGUCCCCUCUUGCGUCGCAAGGAUGGGACUGUUAUUAGCACCUUUAAGAAGAGAGCUGUUGAGAUCACAGGUGCUGGGCCUGGGGCAUCAUCUGUGUGUAACAGUGCGCCAGGCUCCGGCCCCAGCUCUCCCAACAGUUCUCACAGCACCAUUGCUGAGAAUGGCUUUACUGGCUCAGUUCCCAACAUACCCACCGAGAUGCUCCCCCAGCACCGGGCCCUCCCUCUGGACAGCUCCCCCAACCAGUUCAGCCUCUAUACGUCUCCCUCUCUGCCCAACAUCUCCUUAGGGCUGCAGGCCACAGUCACUGUCACCAACUCGCACCUCACAGCCUCCCCAAAGCUGUCGACAAAGCAGGAGGCCGAGAGGCAGGCCCUCCAGUCCCUGCGGCAGGGUGGCACGCUGACGGGCAAGUUCAUGAGCACAUCCUCCAUCCCUGGCUGCCUGCUGGGUGUGGCACUGGAGGGUGACACCAGUCCCCAUGGGCAUGCCUCCCUGCUACAGCACGUGCUAUUGCUGGAGCAGGCCCGGCAGCAGAGUACCCUCAUCGCUGUACCGCUUCAUGGGCAGUCUCCACUGGUGACGGGUGAACGCGUGGCCACCAGCAUGCGGACGGUGGCCAAGCUCCCGCGGCACCGGCCACUGAGCCGCACUCAGUCCUCACCACUGCCGCAGAGUCCCCAGGCUCUGCAGCAGCUGGUCAUGCAGCAGCAGCACCAGCAGUUCCUGGAGAAGCAGAAGCAGCAACAGCUGCAGCUGGGCAAGAUCCUCACCAAGACAGGGGAGCUGUCCAGGCAGCCCACCACCCACCCUGAGGAGACAGAGGAGGAGCUUACAGAGCAGCAGGAGGCCUUGCUGGGAGAGGGAGCCCUGACCAUGCCCAGGGAAGGCUCCACGGAGAGUGAGAGCACACAAGAAGACCUGGAGGAGGAGGAAGAGGAAGACAGAGAGGAGGAGGAGGAGGACUGCAUCCAAGUCAAGGAUGAGGAGGGCGAGAGUGGUGCUGAGGAGGGGCCCGACUUGGAGGAGUCCAGCACCAGUUACAAAAAGCUGUUCUCAGAUGCCCAGCAGCUGCAGCCACUGCAGGUGUACCAGGCACCCCUCAGCCUGGCCACUGUGCCCCACCAGGCCCUGGGCCGCACCCAGUCCUCACCCGCUGCCCCUGGGGGCAUGAAGAGCCCUCCAGACCAACCCACCAAGCACCUCUUCACAACUGGUGUGGUCUAUGACACAUUUAUGCUGAAGCACCAGUGCAUGUGCGGGAACACACACGUGCACCCUGAGCACGCCGGCCGGAUCCAGAGCAUCUGGUCCCGGCUACAGGAGACAGGCCUGCUGAGCAAGUGCGAGCGGAUCCGGGGUCGCAAAGCCACAUUGGAUGAGAUCCAGACGGUGCACUCGGAAUACCACACCCUGCUCUAUGGGACCAGCCCCCUCAACCGGCAGAAGUUGGACAGCAAGAAGCUACUGGGCCCCAUCAGCCAGAAGAUGUAUGCCGUGCUGCCUUGUGGGGGCAUUGGGGUGGACAGUGACACUGUGUGGAACGAGAUGCAUUCCUCCAGUGCUGUGCGCAUGGCAGUGGGCUGCCUGGUGGAGCUGGCCUUCAAGGUGGCUGCGGGAGAGCUCAAGAAUGGAUUUGCCAUCAUCCGGCCCCCAGGACACCAUGCUGAGGAAUCCACAGCCAUGGGAUUCUGCUUCUUCAACUCCGUGGCCAUCACAGCAAAACUCCUGCAGCAGAAGCUGAACGUGGGCAAGGUCCUCAUUGUGGACUGGAGGCUGACUGUGUGCCAGGAACCUGAUGAGUACUUGACAUGCUGCUCAUGGCCACCUCAAGCAGACAUUCACCAUGGCAAUGGCACCCAGCAAGCAUUCUACAAUGACCCCUCUGUGCUCUACAUCUCUCUGCAUCGCUAUGACAAUGGGAACUUCUUUCCAGGCUCUGGGGCUCCUGAAGAGGUUGGUGGAGGGCCAGGCGUGGGGUACAAUGUGAACGUGGCAUGGACAGGAGGUGUGGACCCCCCCAUUGGAGAUGUGGAGUACCUGACGGCCUUCAGGACAGUGGUGAUGCCCAUUGCCCACGAGUUCUCACCUGAUGUGGUCCUAGUCUCCGCCGGGUUUGAUGCUGUGGAAGGACAUCUGUCUCCACUGGGUGGCUACUCUGUCACCGCCAGAUGUUUUGGCCACUUGACCAGGCAGUUGAUGACACUGGCAGGGGGCCGGGUGGUGCUGGCCCUAGAGGGAGGCCACGACUUGACCGCCAUCUGUGAUGCCUCUGAGGCCUGUGUCUCAGCUCUGCUCAGUGUAGAGCUGCAGCCCUUGGAUGAGGCAGUCUUACAGCAAAAGCCCAACAUCAAUGCAGUGGCCACGCUAGAAAAAGUCAUUGAGAUCCAGAGCAAACACUGGAGCUGUGUGCAGAGGUUUGCUGCUGGUCUAGGCCGUUCCCUGCGGGAGGCCCAGGCAGGUGAGACCGAGGAGGCCGAGACUGUGAGCGCCAUGGCCUUGCUGUCGGUGGGGGCCGAGCAGGCCCAGGCUGCUGCAGCCCGGGAGCACAGCCCCAGGCCGGCAGAGGAGCCCAUGGAGCAGGAGCCUGUCCUGUGACACCCUGGCCCCCAUCCCUUUGGGCUCCAUCAUUGUGAUUUUGUUUAUUUUUUCUAUUAAAAACAAAAAGUCACACAUUCAA